GGGAGGCGCCACCCCUCGCCGAUCUCCCCACCCUCCCAUGCUGCUUCGAACUGCUGUCACUCUUUGGCUAUGCCAUGCACUUGAAGGAGCUGUAGACCAGCCACUGGAUGCUGCAUGUUCUUUCGUUCAACAUGGGGCCCACGCACUACCUCCUCGAUCUGCGGCUGUUCCGUUCGCAGAUGCAGAUGUUCUCAGGUUAGAAAGAACUAUCCAGAGAGCGAGUGAAGUGGCAGACGCUGUGGGCGAGGAAACUCAGGAGUUAGCACGGAGGCUCUCGCAGCUCAAAGGAGCCCUGGAUGGAUCGCAGCUCACUGCCAGUCGUUCACCGCGGGAGCAGUUUCCUGCAGCCUCCAUAGCAAAUACUGAUGCGUUGGCCAAAGAUGCCUAGAUCAUCCUAGAUCCAAAGGGUAUUCGAAUAUUAAUACUGCACAUAUGCAUAAAUAUGCAACUUGUCCUUAAUAGCUUUAUUGAUACUUAUUACCUUAAUUAUAUAUGUGGGUGUCUU